CACACACACACACACACACGCACUGCUGUUGCUGUUGCUGCUGCUUUCUUUUUUUGUUUAAAAACAACCAGCUGGCUGCAAAGGAAGCAGAAUCAUUGGUGACAUUUAGACACUUAGCUCAAGCCAGCGCAGAGGGAAGUCUGCUUGAGAGAAAUCAAGGGAACCCAUCUGACACAGCUCCGGAGAUAUUUCUGGAAAAAUGGCCAAGUUCCUACCAGUUCUGCUGUUUGCAUCCCAGCUUUCCUUGACAGCAGCUUUAUUCAGGGUGAGUGUUAUUCAGCCUCAUUACUCUGCAGAAUAUGGAAGCAAUGUGACUAUAGGAUGUCACUUUCCAACGGAUAACUUCUUGAAUCUGACACAGUUGAACAUCUUCUGGCAGCAAAAACUGUCAGAUGAAGCCAAGGAAGUUUACAAGCUCCAAAAUGGACGCGAAGAUCUGUCAGGGCAACACCGACAUUUCCAAGGAAGAGCUACAUUAUUAUAUGAGGAAUUGAAAAAGGGCUAUUCUAUGCUACAUAUCACCCAUCUAAGGAUCACAGAUGCUGGAUGUUACCUUUGUGUUGUCAACUAUCAUGAAGCUGAUCACAAGUACAUUGACUUGAAAAUUGAAGCACCUUACAAGAAGAUAAACAUCCAGGAAAGAAAAGAAGAUGAGGACUACAUCUUAACUUGCCAGGCAGAAGGGUACCCCCUGGCCGACGUUCUUUGGAUUUAUGAAAACAUAAUCAAUGACACGAUACUUGCAAACACUACGCAUAAGCUGACAGACACAGGACUUUUCAACAUAACGAGUGUCUUGAGAAUCAGACCAAGUGCUCCUGGAAAUUACAGCUGCAUAUUCCAAACUAAGGAAUUGAGGCAAACCUCAGCCCACAGAACAGUAUUUCUAAUAGGUCAAAGAAAUGCAUCAGGCACUGGGAAAAAUUCCAAGAUCUUGUUUAUCCCAACAUUUGUGUAUAGUGCUAUAAUUUUAUUUACUAUCACUAAAGUCUAAAAAAUAAUAAUAAAUGUGCAUACCUAGAAAGGUAAAAGAAGAUCUGGAGCAUCAAAUCAAGGAUAAAAUUUGAUGACUGAUGCAGAUGGAGAAGCCUGCACACAUACAAGUUCUUCUUUGUUGUUUGAUUUCCCCCAUUGAUCCUCCACUUAGAAACUUCUUUAAUGAAGUUGGACUGUAGAGGUAAUUAAUGCUGAUCUCUCUGGAUUUCUUAUGUUUAUUGUUCAUUCCAAAUACUUGUGAAAAACGUGCAGGUUAGAGAUAUAGCCUCAAAGAGAACAAGUUGAUACACUAGAAAACAUUCUUUUUCUUGAUGCAACAAAAACUCCAGUCGUUAUGGGCUUGUGUUGUCAUGAUUUAAAUAAGAAGGUAAGCUUAUCCUCUAAUAUUGCAAUGAAUAUUUUCUUACGUUGGCACCUUUAUGGUUAGCUGCAGGUGCCUCUGGUCUGACUUCACAUUUUUGCUAUAGAAAUGCUAUUUCUUAAAGCUAGUUCUACCAUUAAUUAUUGCACAGCAGGAUCUCAAUCAACAGCUGGUGAUGUUUUAGGAAACAGUUGUAUGCACUGAGGCUCCUUCCUUGUAAGACAGCCUGAUAUUCUCAAGCAUUAUGGAGAAUGUUGUCCUGUUACUGUUAAAUUAAAAUUUAGCUAUUAUUGUACAGUAGCUGGCUUCUGGAUGGAUAAGAAGAGUGGUGAUUCCGUUUUAUUCUGUCUGGUGUUCUUAUGAAACAUUGUAAUUAACAUUUUUAAUAUAUUUAUAAACUAUGAGUUACAAAUCGGAUAACUGUUGCUUCAAACCUUUCUGCAACUAUAGUCUGUAUGCCAAUAACAUUCCGGAUCUUUUCAAUUAUGAUUCACAAAUCUUUAUUGUGGAGAUGUUAUAAUACUAUAAAUGCUACAAAUAUACAAUCAAUUGGAAUAAUCUCAUAAUUUCCAAAUGGUAAUAACCCUUGUUUUUAGUUUUUGCUUAGAUUCUAUUAAAGAAUUAUUAUUGAUAAUUAUUUCUAGGAAAAGUAUCCUAUUCAGUAGAUUCAAAUAUUUAAUAAUGCAUAGUUCAGAUUAAUGGGAAUAUUAAUAGGUAGUUGAAAAGCGCUAUGAAUCUCUGAGGAAGAUUAAAAGUAGCAAAAAUGAAUAUUGCCUCAAGACUGAUAAUACAUUAACCAGGAUGGUUUUUGUUGAUUCUACUGGACAGGUUAGACAAAUUGACUUAUUGAUUUAGUUCCCAUUGAAUGGUAAAUAGGAUUUCUAUUUCAAACAUAUGAAAAUAGAAACUCCAACUUUCCUGACUGCAAAUUAUAUAAUUCAGUGUAUUUAUUAGCUUCUAUAAUGCAUUCAGAUGAAAAUGAUACCGAAUAUGUAUGGCUCAUGGGCCAUGUGGAAAGUCAAGCUUUGGAACUGUUGAAAUCCUGUAUAUAUAUGGUUCCAGCUAUGGAGGUAGUCCUCAACAUACAAAUGUAAUGGAGCUGCCCAUUAUGGUUAUAUAUUGUGACUGUCAUAAAACAAUUUGGUUAUGUGACCAGUCCAAUUUUAUGGCUUGUUUUCAUGGUCAU